GUCACGCCCCGCCUCUUUCAUUCACUUCCGCCUUACGAGAACUGUCUGAAGCAGUGCUUCAUUCUUGGAAAAAUCUAAGACUUCCACCGAGUUCCUAAGACAUCCUGAGUAUGAAACCUUGAGGGAGGUGUUGUUGAGAGUGUGAGGGAGGGUGUUUGGGAAUAGAACCCGUGUUCUCUGGUACAGCAGCGAUGUUUUGGUGGUCUCUGGCGGCGCUGGUCGUCGUGGGUUCGAGUUUCGGACGGACUCAGACUACUACAGAAAAUCCACAGGAUAGUUUCCAAUACCUUGAACAGAUGGAAUUCCCCACAAUAACAGCUGUUGACCCAGACGGAGAUGCAAGCUCCCUCCUCACAGUAAAGGCCUGUGCUCAAAAAUGUUUGGAUCUUGAUAACAGUUGCCGUGCAUUUGGAACAAAUCAUGGCACGUUCCGCAGUUGUUAUUUCUAUAAUGAACUGGAAGCACCAGCAAAUCGUAGUAUCAAAGACUUGUACAUCAAGAUAGGCCCUACCACCGAGCAGCCUGCACUACUCACUCAGACUACAGGUGGCGCUACUCAGCAGAAACAGACAUCACGGCCAGUAACAGCUACUACAUCUACAGAACAGACCACAAGUUCCCCAUAUGCCACGUCAAAAAGACAGACAGCUACAAGUUCUACAUAUGUAACAGCCACAUCUACAGGACAGACCAACAGUUCUAUGUAUGCUCCCCCUGGUGGCUCCAGCGGUGAUAACACGGGCGCGAUUGCGGGCGGGGUGAUCGCAGUGCUCCUGCUGGUUCUGCUCAUCGUGCUGGCCGUCCCACUGUGGCGGCGCUACAAGAAACGCAAACGAGGGGAAGCGUUUUAUGACCGAAUGCAGCAGAACGUUCGCAUGGAUGGGAUUCCUGUAGAUGCAGGCACAGCUGUUAGGUUUUCCGCUGCCGGAAACCGUUCCAACGGAAAGACAGAACAAGAGAUUCUCCUGGAGCAGGGCCCGGCAGACGGGGGGACAGUCGAGUACGCAACCGUCAACAAAAACAGGAAGAAGGCAGAACCAGACAGGCAGGAGCUGAAGAGUGCUGAGGGUGCAGCUGAGGGCGCUGACCUAGAGGACGAUGACCCCAGCGGGUAUGACACCCUCCAGAGGACCAGGGACCCAUACCUGUAUCCCAUGACCAUCGCUGACUUUGACCAAUCAGAGGACCCGGAGCCUGAUCAGAGUGACUUUGCUUACAGAGAUUGGCAAUGACCUUUGAACUUUGACCCUGCAUUACCCUGCUGAGCCUACCAGGGUCAAAGGUCACCGGAGGUCACCUACGCACAGCUUGACCUGGAGGACAAAGGUGGGAACCGGCCUGUGAUUGGUGGAGAGAGUGAGGAGGACAAGACGGUCUACUCCCAGCUCCGACACAGUCGCAUGAAGUAUGACAACCUGCGGCGCUGACCUGCGAGUACACUUUGACCUUUAACCUGGCUUUGGUUCACCCUUGACCUUUUAACCUAUAAUCUGCUGCACAGUGAAUGUUUUUUAUCAAGAUUUUAUGCUGUUUUACACUUUUGUUUAACCCUUAACCUUUAUGAUAUACAUGACCACUUUGACCCUACUGACCUCUAACCUUUGACAUUUACCUAUGAACCCAACAGUGUACUACUGGUACUCGUGGUAGUGUUGUUUUUUUAUUGGAUUACUGUCUUUUCUACUUGUUCCUUCAGUUUACAAAAAAGUAUCUAACUUGGGAAAAAUGUAUAGAAUGUAUCUUGUUCGCUGCAAUAUUUCUUGUAUCAUAAUUCACUGUAACAACAAUGAAGACAAUUGCCUUUGUUGAAGCCACUUGUUUGAAUGUAACCAAGGAGCUUUUAUCAUAAAAGCUCCUUGAUGUAACAUAUUAGACUUACAAAGAAUUCUAAACAGGAAGACAGAAAUUGCAUGUUUUUAAGUCAUCUGUAUAGAAAUGUUGAGGCAAUACUCACUAAUCACUGAUAAUCAAUAGAUCGAUUAACUAAUGUUGCAGGAAAGUUCAAUCAGUGUGGAACAGUAUAUUUUAUGGAUCAAUUAUUGGAAAAUCAUGAUCAAUGCAAUCAAUAUUUAAUAGGAUGAUGAUGGGACCAAUGGAAAACUUGACAAUCCUCUUGAAAGACAUUAUUUUGGAAUAUAGACUUUAUAGCACUAAUAUGAAUGAAAUAUGAUUAUCUAGGCAUGAAUUGUGACCUUAAUACGUGUAUAUCAUAGUCAAUGCAAAUUUUGGUACCAAAUAUCCUAGAAAUCUAAGAAUUUGAGAAGAGAUUAUAGAAACAGAAUUGUAUGAAUACACAUUCCUGACUAGUGACCAAAUGUAUUUUCCUGUUAAGUUUCAUAGCUGAACAUCUGCCUUAAGCAUGUGAAAACGUUGCUGCAUCAUCAGCUAAAGCUUGUUAUGGAAACACAUAAAGCAUAGCUCUAUACUAUUGGUGUAAAAAACAAAGAAAAAAGAAGAGAAUAUUUUGUAAAACAUUCCACUGACAAUCAAGAGCUGUGCAAUCACCUAAAAAUCAAUUUUAUAAAUCAAGGAACAUAUGAUGCUGAUCACUGCAGUUUGCAAAGAUAUGAAAUAUGGAAACCUAUUGAAUUAUGAUAGACUAUAUAAUUAUGCAAUUUUGUAUACCCAAACAUUCCUUAUGAUGAAAAAAAAUGACACCCAAUACCUGAUAUGUAACAUUUGACUCCAAUAUGACCAAUCAAGGUACUUAGUGAACAUGGUCAAUAUAAGGGACUCUAUAUUAUUAGAUGCUUACUUGUACAGGUUUGAAUAACAGCUGAAUGAAAUUGUAUCUAUCGACAGUGCCUUUAGCAAAACUAGGCAAGUAGAAAGCACAUAUUCUACAGUCACAGUAUUCCAGAAGUGGCUUAAACCAAUUUUCCCAAAGAUAUAGGCCUGAUGUCAUCUGUGUCUGAUAAUUCCAAAACAAUAUGUUUUAAAAAUUCAGCAGGAACAAUGAUGCUGAAAUAAUUUUAGUAAAGAAAAGUGCGAUCAGGAGGAGAUUCUUUACUAGAUAUUAAAAUUUUAAGAGGAAAAUUGAUUAAUUUUUUUAUGAAGAUCUAAUGGCUAUGAUUUUAUCUAUAAACAGAAUUGAUAGGCAUAUUGGUUGUUUAAACAGAUUGAUUUUACGAUUCAUAACCUUUUUUUGUAGCCAAGUAGUAUUUUUGUAUCCAUAUUAUAAGUGUAACAUUACAUGCAUUUAGUUUUUUCACUCUAUACGAACAUUAUAGCUAACAUGAAAUGAAUUACCCAGAUGGAAAGAGAGGAAACUGUUGGGGGCUUAAAGUGCAAUCAGUUUGUAUUUUAUGAAAUUAACAAAAGUUCCAUGUGUACAUGUAUGUGUAUAUUGCUCUAUAAGAUUAAUUGUGUAGUAAACAGGAAUUCUGUAUACUGUAACUAGUAAUUUUAUGCUCAAUAAACAGCUGUCU